CUGUAUAAAUCAUACUCGGUAUAUAUAGAAAAAUAUGUUCAUUAUAUCUUCAUACAGUAUUUUUUACUUGGCUAUCUUUUUGUACCUAUUUUCUCUUUCAAUUUAUAAAAGUUGAAAUGGGAGACGGCGAUGAGGAGAAACCAGACCGGCGCCACCACCACCACCACUCUGACACGGAGGUGGUGGGGCCGGAAAGGAUACUGUACAGCGGUCCGAUGAGCGGGCCGCUUCAUCGCAAGAAGGGCGGGAAGAAGAGUACGUGGUUCAACAUGCCCCGGGAGACGUCGUCAUCGUCGGGCAUCUUAGCCGAGGACGGCGCUGGGUACGUGGAGCUCACGCUCGACGUCCGGGACGACUCUGUGGCAUUGCACAGCGUGAAAUCCACCCCCACUGCCUCUGGCGGCGGCGGCGGGGAGGAGGACCCGGAGCUGGCGCUCCUGGCGAAAAAAGCAUCCCUGGGGUCGGUGCUCGUGAGCACCGCCUCGUCGAGGUUGAGACAAGUGUCCCAAGAGCUGAAGCGGCUGACUUCGUUCACAAAACGGCCCAACCAGGCGGGUCGUUUUGCCCGGACCAAGUCAGCCGCCGCUCACGCGCUGAAAGGGCUCAAGUUCAUCAGCAACGCCCACGGCGGGUCCGGUUGGCCCGCCGUGGAGAAGCGGUUCGACGAGCUCACCGCCUCCAAUGUUGGGCUUCUUCCAAAAGCCAAGUUUGGGGAAUGUAUAGGUAUGAACAAGGAGUCAAAGGAGUUUGCAGAUGAGCUAUUUGAUGCACUUUCGAGGAGGAGAAAUAUAACAACAGAUUCCAUAAACAAAGCACAAUUAAGAGAGUUUUGGGAACAAAUAUCUGAUCAGAGUUUUGAUUCCAGACUUCAAACUUUCUUUGAUAUGGUUGAUAAGGAUGCAAAUGGCAGAAUCACAGAAGAGGAAGUGAGAGAGAUUAUAAGGCUGAGUGCAGGUGCGAAUAAGCUAUCAAAUAUACAGAAGCAAUCGGAUGAAUACGCGGCAAUGAUCAUGGAAGAGUUGGACCCUUUUAACCUCGGUUACAUUAUGAUAGAGAGCCUAGAGACGCUGCUCCUGCAGGCGCCAAGCCAGAGUGCAGGGAGAGGGCUGGAGACCCGAAACCUCAGCCAAAUGCUAAGCCAGAAGCUGAAGCCGGCACCCGAAGCCAACCCAGUCCUCAAAUGCUACAGAGGCGCCAAGUACUUCUUCCUGGACAACUGGCAGAGGGUGUGGGUCCUCUCCCUGUGGGCCUGGGCCAUGGGCGGGCUGUUCGGCUGGAAGUACGCCCAGUACAAGGGCCGACGGGCCGCCUACGAUGUCAUGGGCCCUUGUGUCUGCUUGGCUAAGGGUGCAGCCGAGACGCUCAAGCUCAAUAUGGCUCUCGUCCUUUUGCCUGUCUGCAGGAAUACGAUCACCUGGCUUAGGAACAAGACCCGCCUCGGCGUGGCGGUGCCGUUUGACGAUAACCUCAACUUUCACAAGGUGAUCGCAGUGGCAAUAGCGAUUGGAGUGGGAAUCCACGGGAUAUCGCACCUGACAUGUGAUUUCCCGAGACUGCUACGCGCGAGCUCGGAGAAGUACGAGCCGAUGAAGCGAUUCUUCGGAGAGCAGCCAAAGAGCUAUUGGUUUUUUGUGAAGGGAGUGGAAGGGGUGACUGGGAUUGUAAUGGUGGUGUUGAUGGCCAUAGCUUUUACUCUUGCAAGUCCAUGGUUUAGAAGGAAUAGGGUGAAAUUGCCAAAACCCUUUGGCAAAAUAACUGGCUUCAAUGCAUUUUGGUACUCCCACCACUUGUUUGUCAUUGUCUAUGCCCUCCUCUUAGUACAUGGUGUCAAACUCUACUUGACCAACAAAUGGUACAAGAAAACGACAUGGAUGUACUUGGCAGUCCCUAUUCUCCUCUACGGUGGAGAAAGAUUGAUUAGAGCCUUCAGGUCCAGCAUCAAACCGGUUAAGAUUCUUAAGGUGGCAGUGUACUAUGGGAAUGUGCUGACACUACAAAUGUCAAAGCCUCAAGGGUUUAGAUACAAAAGCGGGCAAUACAUGUUUGUCAACUGUGCUGCUGUUUCCCCUUUCGAAUGGCACCCGUUCUCAAUAACUUCAGCACCCGGAGAUGACUACCUGAGUGUUCACAUUCGGACGCUCGGAGAUUGGACUAGACAACUCAAAACUGUUUUCUCUGAGGUCUGCCAGCCCCCACCAAAUGGUAAAAGUGGACUCCUAAGAGCUGACUACUUGCAAGGAGUGAAUAACCCCAACUUCCCAAAGGUGUUGAUUGAUGGACCAUAUGGGGCACCAGCCCAAGACUACAAAAAGUAUGAUGUGGUUUUUCUGGUAGGGCUAGGGAUUGGAGCCACCCCUAUGAUAAGCAUUGUCAAGGACAUAGUUAACAACAUUAAAGAAGAAGACAUAGAAGAUGCAAAAACACAAGAACAAGACACAGAAGAUGGUGGGUUUGGCCAGAGGAACAAAAACAACCACCACCACUUCAAGACCAAAAGGGCAUAUUUCUAUUGGGUCACUAGGGAACAAGGCUCGUUCGACUGGUUCAAAGGUAUAAUGGACGAAGUGGCAGAGAUGGACCGGAAUCACGUGAUAGAGAUGCACAACUACUGCACAAGCGUAUACGAGGAAGGCGACGCGCGAUCUGCGCUCAUAACAAUGCUUCAGACGCUACACCACGCCAAGAAUGGCGUGGAUAUCGUCUCUGGGACCCGCGUCAAGUCCCAUUUCGCUAAGCCUAAUUGGCGCAACGUUUACAAAAGCAUCGCCCUCAAUCACGCCAAUGCAAGAGUUGGGGUUUUCUACUGUGGGGCACCCGCAUUGACCAAGGAGUUGAGACAGCUGGCAUUGGAUUUUUCACACAAGACAUCUACCAAAUUUGAUUUCCACAAGGAAAAUUUUUGAGACCCACUUCUUCUUCUCUAGCUUUAUAUGUGCUCCAAUCCAUCAUAAUCUUACGUACAGACAAGGACAAAAAGCUUAGUUUUUUUUUCAUUUCACACUAAGGUAAUCUGUUGAUCUUAUAUAUUUGUAAUUUGAUGCACAAGUUGUUGUUGUUGAUGCACAAGUUAAAUAUGUUGAAAAUUCAAUAAAUGUAAUUAUUAUUA